GGCCCGUAUUCACAAACCAACCUUAUACUUAUCUUUUGCCUUCCUUACCUUUUCAGCGCCUUGACGCGUUUCAUAAACAAACCUUAUGCUUAAGUCGAACCUUUCCUUAACCUUACCGGCUCGGAAAAGGAGCCUUCCUUAAGGUAGCCCGGCAGCUACCUUAAGGCGCCACUUAUUAUGGCCGACCACGCAAGCAGCUUUUCGGAGCUAGUCGAUUUUGUCGCCCUAUUAAGGGAAGCCGAUGUUCGCGCAGCCCUUCCUUAUGUAAAGCUCAUCCGGCGUGUACUCAGGGACCGUCAGAAUGUCAUCGAGAUGUACAACGACCGCGAGUUUCUUGGCAGGUUCCGCUUUUCAAAACGAGCGGUGGUACACCUUCUCUCCAUCCUGCCACUUGCUCCGAGCCCAGACGAUCGCGGUUCGCCCGUGCCGCCACUUCUACAGCUCCUCGUGACCCUCCGUUUCUACGGCGGCGGGACGUUUCAAGUGGUCACUGGUGACUUGGUCAGCAUAUCGCAGCCUUCAGUGUCUCGCAUCAUUGAACGUGUGACGACUGUGAUCGCAGCGACAUUGUUCCCAGCACUCGUGAAGCUCCCCGAUGCCGCACAAGCAUCUCGAGUGAUGGACGAAUUUUAUCGAAUAGCGAAGUUUCCUGGUGUGACAGGGUGCAUGGACUGCACCCACAUCAGGAUCAAGAGCCCUGGAGGUAAAGACGCAGAAGUCUUUCGCUGCAGGAAAGGAUAUUUUUCUUUUAAUGUGCAGGCAAUCACAGGACCUCGUUUGCAGUUUUUUGAUCUUGUCGCCAGUUGGCCAGGCUCCAAUCACGACAGCCGUAUAUUUGACAACAGCCAUGCCAGAGCACGCUAUGAGGAUGGGGAAGUUCAAGGUGUGCUCCUCGGAGACAUGGGAUACGCUUGCAGACGUUAUCUAAUGACACCACUAAAGGAACCGAAAAGUUCAGCGGAGCGCAGGUACAACAACUCCCAGAAAACGACAAGGUGCACAAUCGAGAGGGUCUUCGGCAUCUGGAAAAGAAGGUUUCCGUGCCUCGACAUGAAAUUGCAGAUAAAGACGUCAACCUCUGUUCUGGUCAUAACAGCGUGUGCUGCACUGCACAAUCUCAGCCGCCACCUGAAUGACCCAAUCCCUCCGGACGUUCACCCAGCUCCUGCUGCACCUCCUCCUACUGCCACACAACAGGGUCCUGCCGCACAGCCAGGUCCACCAAUGCCACCUGAUGAGCCACAGCAAUCAGACACUGAAGAUGGGUUCAGAGCCCGCAGGCGUAUCAUUCGCGACUAUUUUUCUCGCUAAGAACAAAUAAACAACAUUGCUUCCAAA